AUGGAGGAAAUGCAGUACCACUGGUGCAACAGUAUGGAUAAUUGUGAAGUUCCCAGCAAGAAAGUGAUUGAGUUCAAACCACCAGUGUACGAACAGAGAUACUACUUUGUUAAAAACUUAGUGAAUCGACAUGGACUCAAGAAGAUUGCAGACUUGGGCUUCGGUGAUGCCACACUUUUAUGGAUGCUGAAAUAUCACCGCUGCGUUCAAUAUCUUGUUGGAGUAGAUAUUGCUGCCAGACCCUUUGAAUGGGGAGGGGGUAGGUUGUCUCCAGGAGUGGGGGGGUACAUCGUUCCUCGGGAACUAGAUUUGACCAUAACCUUGUACCGUGGUUCUGCUGUACAAAAAGACUCCCGUUUGUGUGGAUUUGAUUUGAUAACAUGUAUUGAAUUGAUAGAACACUUAGAUUCUGAAGAUCUGGCCAAGUUUCCUGAAGUCGUAUUUGGGUACUUUUCUCCUGGCAUGGUUGUCAUCAGCACACCAAACUCUGAAUUCAAUCCCCUGUUUCCAGCAUCGACCUUUAGAGAUCCAGAUCACAGAUUUGAGUGGAACAGAACGCAAUUUCAGACGUGGGCUUUGGAUGUGGCAAAACUGUACAAUUACUCCGUAGAGUUCACUGGUGUGGGGGAUCCACCAGCAGGAGCUGAGCAUGUUGGAUACUGUACCCAGAUAGGGGUCUUCCAGAAAAACGUAGCAAAGGCGACUGAAUGGAGCAUUUCCGAGCCAGAGGAACACGUUCCAGAGGAACACGUUUAUGAAGUUGUUUACACCACCUCAUACCCGAGUUUACAGCAAAGCAAAUACUUCCGGCUUACUCUGAGUAGUGAGUCAGUCAAAGCAGUCGGCUUAAUGAAAAGCAGGUUUCUCCGUGGUCCGAGGAAAAGGGAGGGCAAUCGAGUGGUACCACUUGGCAGUUGUACCCCACAGUUUGGAUUAACAGAAGCUCAAAGGGCCGAAAUAGAGCAGUCCCCCAAACCUUACAGUGUGGGAGAGAAGUUCUAUGUACCCCUGGAAAGACUCAUUAUUUAUCCGAAGGUGAACCACUUGGUGGCCGGUAGUAUGGAGAAGCUGAGAACAGUACUUGCUGAGGGACUUCGACUGAACGGAGAUCAAAGUGCGGUGCAGGUGGAGUUGGUUCACAAUAACUGGAACUACAAGUAG